AGCUGGGGCUUGCAGAGGUCUGGAUGAUGCUACACCCCACGUUAGAUGAUUGUUUUGUUUUUGUUACACAAACUUCCUGGGCGGGGACUCCCAGGUCCAGUGGGCGGGAAGAAGCCUCCUUAAAUGUGUCCCCUCUAGGCUGAUGCUCAUUCCAGGAGCUCCAGCCCUGGGAGAGGCUGUGUCCAAGGCACCAUGAGCAAAAUCAGCGAGGUCGUGCAGCGGGCCAGAGCCGCCUUCAACUCGGGCAAGACUCGCCCCCUGCAGUUCCGGGUCCAGCAGCUGGAGGCGCUGCGGCGCAUGAUCAAGGAGCGCGAGAAGGACAUCGCCGGCGCGCUGACUGCCGACCUCCACAAGAAUGAAUGGAACGCGUACUAUGAGGAGGUGGUGUAUGUCCUGGAGGAGAUCGAGUACAUGAUCAAGAAGCUCCCCGAGUGGGCUGCAGACCAGCCUGUGGAGAAGACUCCCCAGACCCAGCUGGAUGAGUCCUACAUCCACUGGGAGCCCCUGGGCGUGGUUCUCGUCAUCGGCACCUGGAACUACCCCUUCAACCUCACCAUCCAGCCCAUGGUGGGCGCCAUUGCUGCAGGGAACGCAGUGGUCAUCAAGCCCUCGGAGCUAAGCGAGAACAUGGCGACCUUGCUGGCCACCAUCAUCCCUCAGUACCUGGACAAGGAUCUGUACGCGGUGAUCAAUGGGGGUGUCUCCGAGACCACGGAGGUGCUCAAGGAGAGAUUCGACCACAUCCUGUACACGGGGAGCACCGGCGUGGGGAAGAUCGUCAUGAUGGCCGCGGCCAAGCACCUGACCCCCGUCACCCUGGAGCUGGGGGGGAAGAGCCCCUGCUACGUGGACAAGGACUGCGAUCUGGACCUUGCCUGCAGACGCAUCGCCUGGGGGAAGUUCAUGAACUGCGGCCAGACCUGCGUGGCCCCUGACUACAUCCUCUGUGACCCCUCCAUCCAGAACCAAAUCGUGGAGAAGCUCAAAAAGUCCCUAAAAGAGUUCUACGGGGAAGAUGCCAAGAAGUCCCGUGACUAUGGAAGAAUGAUUAACUCUCGCCACUUCCAGAGAGUGAUGGGCCUGAUGGAGGGCCAGAAGGUCGUCUACGGAGGCACUGGGGACGCAGCCACCCGAUACAUAGCCCCCACCAUCCUCACUGACGUGGACCCCCAGUCCCAGGUGAUGCAGGAGGAGAUCUUCGGGCCCAUAAUGCCCAUCGUGUGUGUGCGCGGCCUGGAGGAGGCCAUCCAUUUCAUCAACCAGCGGGAGAAGCCUCUGGCUCUCUACGUGUUCUCCCUAAAUGACAAGGUGAUUAAGAAGAUGAUUGCAGAGACCUCGAGCGGUGGGGUGACAGCCAACGACGUCGUGGUCCACUUCACCCUGCACUCUCUGCCCUAUGGGGGCGUAGGGAACAGCGGCAUGGGCUCCUACCAUGGCAAGAAGAGCUUCGAGACCUUCUCCCACCGCCGCUCAUGCCUGGUGAGGCCUCUGCUGGAUGACGAGUCCCUCACAGCCAGAUACCCCCCGAGCCUGGCCAAGGUGAGAGUUGGGGGCUCUCGGGGAGGCUGGGCCGCGGGGAGGACAGGGCCUCACUGCCCUGUGUCCUCCUCACAGAUGACUGCUCGCUGAAGCUGCUGCGCCUGGCCUCCCUGUGCUGUGCCCUCGCCCUGCUCUCCAGCUCCCCAGAGGAUUGCUCCUGGAGCCCCCUUGCUUCUCUGCGGAUCAGUGCAUGCCCCCACUCCCGUUCAGGCCCCAAGACCCGCCCCCCCAAGUCCCUGCCCUCUUGCUAGACACAAGGAGACCAAUAAAG